AUGGCGCGGCCCAGCAGCAGCAGCAGCAGCAAAAUGAGCGCAGCAGCAGCAGAACCCGGAGCCAGAGACGCCCCCUGCUUGGGCCCCCCCCCAGUCCUCAAUAUCUACCAUGCAGCAGCACCAGGACUCUCAGCAGCGCAGCAGCGGAGAGUUGUUUUGCUGAAGAAGAAGAUUCGGGCGGAGCAUGCACGGCUUUUGAAGCUCAAGGAGGCCAAGUUGAAGGAGCUGCAGCAGCAGCAGCAGCAGCAGCAGGGGAAGAAGGGGCAGCAGCAGGAGGGCGCUCACGCCGUCUCCAAGGAGCAGCAGGAGCAGGAACUCCGCAAGCUGCAGCAGCAGCAGCUGCAGCAGCAGCAGCUGCAGCAGCAGCAGGAACUGACCUACCCCCUCACCGGCUUUGAAGUCCACUGGGCAGACGACCAACAAAACCUCGUCAGGCUGCUGGUGGCGCGGGACUGGCACGUGCCGCGGGCCUUUUCGCUGGCGAAGGAGGCGCUGGCCAUUCGGCGGCUGCUGCAGCCGGAGCGCAUAAAGCCGCAGCAAGUGAAAGCAGCAGCAGCAAAAGGCCAGCUCUACCGCAGGGGCUUCGACAGGCGCGGCCACCCCCUCGUCUACGUCAGGCCCGCGCUGAGCGAGGGGGCCGGGGCGGAGGCGAUAAGCCUGCUGGUGUACACGCUGGAGCGGGCGUGUCAGUCGCAGCAGCGGCACGCGGGAGUUGCUGCUGCUCUUUGUUUGCUGCUGGACUACAACAACUAUUCAAAUGACAACCAGCCUUCGCUCGCCACGGCUCUGCGCUUCGUCCAGGUCUUCCAGUGUAUCUACGCCGAGCAGCUGGCGGCGGCUUUCCUCGUCGACACCCCCUGGUACUUCUCCACCUUUUGGAAUUGCAUUUCUCCUUUUCUUCCGUCGCGCACUGCCGCAAAAAUAAAAUUCAUUUCGACUUCAAAUGCGGAAGAAGUGAAGCAAAUAUUUGACGCGAUCGACCCCAAGUACGUCGAGUCGUGGGUGCCCGGCGGCGAGGCCACCUCCAAGUACGACCACGAAGCUUAUUGGGAAGAAGAAAAUAAACAGUUUGAGACUUAUAUGAAAUUUCUUCAACAAGAAUUCUUCAAAAAGUCGAUGGCGCAGCGAAUUGCAGAAGACGCUGCCUUCAACGCCGCACUUGCGAGCGGGAAGUCCAUCGAAGAGGCUACUGAAAUCGCCAGAAACACCACCGCAGACAAGGCCCCCGCAGGAGCAACAGAUGACAGCGCAACAGCAGAAACGCAAGACGGAGAAGAAGAAGCGGAAGACACUGACGAUCCGGACACUCCGGAGUCUUUAGAAGACGAGCAGAAGCGUUUGCUGCUGCAGGAGGCGCUGCGGAAGCAAGAAGCAGCAGCAGCAGAAGCAGCAGCAGCAGCGCCAGCAGCAGCACCAGCAGCAGCAGCACCAGCAGCAGCAGCACCAGCAGCAGCAGCAGCAGCGGCGAAGCCUCAGGCCGCUGCGCCUAGUAGCUCUUAA